GGACCACAGAGUGGGACGGGAGACACUGGCGCAGGGCCAGUAGAGGAUCCACCGAUAUAAAGAUCACCGGUCACGCUGCGCAGGAGGCUACUCGCUCGUGCAUCGUCGUCCAAGUGCAGUGGUUGCAUCUCGACGAUACGCGUGUGCCGUGGGAGGAGAGACGCGCCGAGGCGAGUCCCCCGUUCGCACUAUUUGAGAUUUCCUCCGUGCGUCUCAGCGGAUGAGCCCGCGCGAUACAUGCGCCUGAAGCGGCUUACCUGUUUUUUUUUUCGUGCGCAUCGAGGGAGAUCGAUAUCACCGAGGAUACGCCGAUACACGGCGUUAUAAGCGAUCAUGACGCAUCUCGCAUUAUCUUUGCGAAGGCUGUCACUGGCUCUGAUACUGAUAGCGACAUGCGCGACCAUAACGGAAUCGUCAAUGAUUAGGGAAAGGAGGCACAUCGGUAUCGAAGAAUCUAGUCAUCGAUCGGGCAAGGAACACGAGUCCGACGCGAAUUGGAGCACGAGAUUGCCGAGCAGCACGACCGCCAACAAGAUCACCGCGGAACCCGGAAGAAAAGUGUCUCACCAUCUGAUCGGGGGUCACCUGAGAGUCGACAAGAAGCACCGUGAGGACGGCGAGUCGCUGUGGGACGAUGGAAUUCUCAUGUCGGCAGCCGGCAACGGCAAGGAGGGGAAAAGUAACCGCGGCAGCGGCGACAGUGGCGGUGGCGACGACGAGGACGGGAAAAAAACGCUCUCUCAGCAGGUCAAGGAGGGCAAGUACGGCCUCAUACAGAACGAGAUUUACGGCGAGCGCCCGAAACGGCCCGGCAUCAUCAGCUACCUCGGCAACCCCGAAGUGCCCAAGGACACGAUCGACAAUCUGGGCGGUCUCGACGAGGACGAGAUCUGGCUGGCCGAGAACCACGUGCUGGUGCUGAGGGGUGGGAAAUUUCCUGAGCACGAACAGGACGGCGAGCAGCAGAGCGGCGACAGCGAGCAGCCGAGGUGGCCGCCCAUCGACGAUUACAAGGCACCGAAACGGCAGGUCAAGAUACCAGCGCGGCCGAAGAUACCGCCACCCUUUCCGGUACAGCUCACAGAGGGGGGGCCGGUACAGAUCAUCGGCCCGAACGGCACCGCGGAGGAGAUUGGCAACGACACCCUCGGCUACACGAAUCCUUUCUACACGAAGGGGUUACCAGGGGAGGACCCGUUCUUCGCAAUCUCUCCGAACGGCACGGUAUUCACCCCGGACUUCGGUCCCCCGGGGAACUUCUCCGUCGAGGAGAAAUCGUCCAGGGGUAACAAUGAUCGGAAGGGAGUAAGACCGGAGUUCCCGCAGCCGCCUGGUCCACUUCCGCCUUUCUAUCACGCCAUACCGCCCGGCGCGAUCUUCGUGCCACCACCGGGCAAUCAGUCGGAUUACGACGAGGAGGAUCAGUCCAUCUACUAUCCGCCGCCGUACAGUUUCCACUAUCCGCAAGAUAAUACGACCGCUGUGCCGCCGGGCCCCCUGGUGCCCGGCAUUAUACUGCCCCCGCCGCCGGACUUCUUCUCGGCUUUGGACGACAAGAAAACUACCACCAAGAAGUACACGAAGCGACCGACGACCACAUCCUCGCCGGACACGCGAGCAACGUAUCUGCCGCCGAGGAAACUCACGACUAAGCAGAGCAAGGCCGCGUCCGCCCCGCCGAGUUUGGUGACCAAGACGAGCACCACUUCAUCGACCUCCACGAAGAUAUCCUUCGGUCGCACGACGACGAAGAACACGACGGACGUCUUCAGGCCUAAGCAGAAGACCGUGCCUGGCGCGGGGGUCACCACGUCGACGUCCGGGAAACCGCACACGCUCGAGAACACCGAGAUAUACACCAUCAGCCCCGUGAUCGGGAAUCAGGUGUCCGAGGCGACCCAGCAGAAGGACUGGUCCACUGUGGUGUCGAGCAAAAUGAUCCCGGUCCUCGCGUUAAUACGUCCGUCGACCACGCAGUCGUCGCUGGAGCGACCGGUGGAGGUCACGCCGGCCUCCAUAAAGAGUAUCAUCACCACUAGUCAGCCCGGCCGGUCUCCCAAUCACGCGUCCUAUUACUUCUACGAGGAGUCGACCGACGAGAAUUCGGACGUCACGGCGAAACCGUCGCCCGUUUACUACGAGAGUACCACGAAGUCGCCGUACUACAACGUCGAGACGUCGGGACCCCGGCAGACCGAGAAGAAGCACUAUUACGCCGUCGAGACGAUCCCGCCGGUCGACACCCCGAAGGACUACAAGGUGAAGCUCAUCGACAGCAUCGUCAAGAACUCGCAGACGUUCCAGUACGCCGACGACUCGGAGACGACGCCCGCGAAAUUCGACGCCAGCUCGUCCCGGGAUCAGGGCCAGCGUAUGCUAGCCGACCAGCCGCCCGUUUACUACCAGCCUGUUCCCGCGCGUCCGCUGCAGACGUACUACACGACUCCAAAACCCCAAACGUAUUAUCGACAGACCACGAAGCCGAAGCCGAUCUAUCAGUACAGCUUCCAGGUGGCGGAUUACUCGAAACUGGGCAAUCAGAGAUCGCCGUAUCGUGGGGAGCAACAGCAGCAGCAGCAGCAGCAGCAUCAGGACACGUCGAUAUACAGCGAGUACCAGGACGCCAAGUCCGGCAAUCGGCAUUACGACUACGAAGACAUCGAUUCCCCGUCGCUGCACCACUCGUCGCAGAAACAAGUUUCGUACAAGACGCAACAUCCGGCAUAUUCCACGAGCACCGCCUACCCGAUCGUAAGCACGACACCCAAUCCGCAAUACGCGUACUUCACGCAGCAGGACGAGAAGCUGCUGGACGACGUUACGAAAGAGUAUUUCACCAUCUUCGGCAAGAAGCUACCGGACGCGGGGAUACCGAGCACGACGCCGAUCUACGGCAAGUCGAGCAGCGUCACGGAGAAGCCGGAUCACCACGUCAACGCCUACGUGUCGAAUGUCUACAAGACCGGUCGACCGGCGACUUACAAAACGCCCAACGUCAAGGUGCGCUACGGGGACCAGCGGCCCUACUCCCUCAAGGACGACACCCUCGUCAACUACCGGCGACCCUUACCGCCGAUCAAUCCGGACAGCGAGUUCAUCGAGAUAAUUGAUCCGAAGCCCCGACCGAAGCAGCCGUCGCCGUUGCCGAACUACGAGCUGCAGACGGGAAACUACCGAUUGCAAAAUCAGGGAGUUCAGCAGCAGGGGCCGACCCCUCGUUACAGGUUGCGAGGCGCGGUACAGCCGGCCAACAGACAGCACACCAACAACUUCGUACCUUUCUCCGAGUCCCGAGAGGAGCUGGAGAACGUUCGGGAGCCCGUGUCGCUGCUGGGCGACAUAGAGGUCAACUACAGGGAUCCGCGUCCCCCCAUAAACCCCGACGCCGAAUUCAUCGAUCCCGUCACGGUGCAGGACGGACACUCGGACAAUCCGAACGCGUACUUCGCGUACCGGCUGCCCGGCGACGUCGGCCACUUUUACUUCCUGACGCCGCAGGCGAUCACGCAACGGCAGGAUCAGAACGGUGGAUACGUCUAUCCGAAGCCCAGGGGACCGAGAUUACGGAGACGGCCAGGGUAACGUCUGAGUUGCGCGUUAUUCAACGGCAGUCGCGCGCAAUGCCAUAAUCUCCGCGAGUAUCCAGCGCGCGGAGUGCGAUCGCGCGUAGCCCGUGCCGGCCGCACGCACGCACACGUACGCGUAUUAUUAAUAUAUUUAUUGUACUUGUAAAUACGAAUUGCCUAAGUUAGAUAAUUAUAGCCACGUUGUUGUACGAUAAACGCUUAAUUUAUUAUGCAACCUGACUCCCCCGUCUCACAGUAAUGGAUACGCGAUCGUGUUCAUGUAUGCGAUCUGUAAUAUGCGCCUCGUCAUCGCAUACCUGCGCAUUAUCUGUGAUUGAUGGAAUUACACGUGUACAUAUACGUAAUUAUUAUUAUCUAUUUCAUGUACGCGCUCUGGCAGAUUGCGACGUUGUAUUGCGAAUCCUGUAUCCCCCUCCCCAAGUUUUCCUCUACACGCGAAAUAAAGUUGAAUAAAAAGCAAAUGUAAAGUACCAAUUGACACGAAUCCGCUGUAAUCUGACCUUUGGAGAAUUUUCCAUGCGGAUCAGUGUCGCAACCUUCUUUAAACCUGCCAACUACUUGUAUCUCUUUCCCAUCAAGUAUAGUAUUGAUAUCGCUUAUAAUUUUCCAUACGAAAUAUUUUUUAAAUAAUAUUACACAUCUGGCAUACAACUAUGCCAACAAAGACCACGUUGUGCAGUCAAUAUAAAAUUGUAAUAUCAAAUAUCAAAUUUUAUACGUGCACACAUCUCUAAAUAAAUCUUGAUGUUUGAACAGCC